AGGAGACAGUGCGGGUGAGGCGGGGAGCUGCUCCAGCUGUUACUGACGGAUCACUGACAAGUCCUGAGCCGGGGCAGCCAGAUCCCAGGGGCAGGAGCGCCGGGCACACGUGUACUAGCUGCUGUACGGCUGCUGAUGCUUUGCUUCGUUGUGUGCGUGUAAGUGCGCUGCAGCCGCUGUCAUGGGUAAUGGAAUGAACAAGAUUCUCCCUGGGUUAUUCAUUGGUAAUUUUAAAGAUGCUCGGGAUAUUGAACAGCUACAGAAGAAUAACAUUACUCAUGUCUUGUCUAUACAUGACAGUGCUAGGCCUAUGUUAGAGGGCAUGAAAUAUCUUUGCAUUCCAGCAUCAGAUUCACCAAAUCAAAAUUUAAUACAACAUUUUAAGGAAAGCACAUCAUUUAUCCAUGAGUGUCGGCUGAAGGGUGAAGGGUGCCUUGUUCAUUGUUUGGCAGGUGUGUCCAGAAGUGUUACUUUGGUAGUAGCCUAUGUUAUGACAAUCACAGAUUUGGGGUGGGAAGAUGCGCUGGCUGCUGUUAGGGGAGCAAGAACGUGUGCCAACCCCAAUAUGGGUUUUCAAAAGCAACUUGAGGACUUUGGAAAAUCUGAUGUCCAUCAUUUAAGAAAUUGGUUGAAGGAGACAUAUGGGGAAAGCCCAUUCCUCGAUGAAGAAGAAGCCAAACAACUUAUUGCCAAACAUAAGCAACAUGAAGAAGAAUCUAGUGCUGGAAGUUCAGGAAGACAAUGGAGCAGCCAAUUAACCUCUCUUUCAUCAUCCAUGGCAUACAGCAAUUACACUACAGAGACUUAAGUUUAUAUCACAGGAUCUACUAUCUGAUAUACUUUACACAGUCACUACUAAGUAUAUAAGCAGGCACCACAUUGGUGAUUGCCGUCCAAUGAAGAGAGAGCUUAGAUGAGUUAAGCGGUCUUAAGAUGUAUCUUUCUGUCUAUACCCUUGCAGAGAUGAGUGGUGCAUUAAAAAUUGAAAUAAGGGUCUUUAAUUGAAUUCAAUUUUAACACGGGAAAAGGUUUAAUUCCACUAUUGUGUUUUAUUACCACUUUCUUAUUUGUAUAUCUUAAACACAAGUCUCCUAAAAGCUUUGUUAAAGUUAAAAACUGUGUCAUCGCUUUUACUUCUGUUUUAAUGUAUACCUUCUACCUCAAAAGAACAAUUGUUUGUACAGUUACCAAACUUAACCAAUUGUACCCCUAAUAAUCUAAGAAAAUAAUAGUGUAUUUCUCAGGUAGGUGAUAACAAAAGAAAUGGUUGAGCAGUUCAGGUCCAAAACAAGUCUACUGUACCCCGUUGUCAUAAUAGAUACAGGUAAUAAACAAAACAUCCUUUUGCCUGCAUAAAAUAGGAUAUCCGUUCUUGUAGUUUAAAGUUUAGUCCAGAAUUUAAAUAUAAAAAUGGUUCAUGAUGCUGUCUACAAUGGAACCAUUAUUUAGCUGGAUGCAAGCAAGUUAGAAAAUAAGAUUCUCUCUCACUUGGCUCAUGUUAUUUGUGCCCUGCUAUUGUCAUACUGUGAUAUGUUAGGUAAGCUUAUUCCCAAUUUGAGAUAUAUAUACAAUUUUAAUAUAUAUAUAUAUAUAUAUAUAUACACAUACACUGUGGUUAUUGUUUUACACUGGUGCACUAUGGCAAAAGGAUGAGACAUUGUUGAAAAUACUGAUUUUUUUUCUGAGACUUAAAUUGAGGAAGUGAAAUCAUUUAUGCAUAAAAUAUGUGAUUAAAAUAGCAGGAAAUGAGGACUUUGCACUAUGAUUUAAGUUGACAUAGACACAUUUGUUGACUUAACUAUGGUUACUUGCUGGAAGGUGAUUGAAAAUUACAAGUUUCUAUACUCCUGUUUUUGUCUGAUAACCACUUGAAGAUUUUGGACAAUGACUUUUAAAAGGACAGUACUGAUGUACUAAGUUGUCUUCAAUAUGGUUUAAAUAAAAAUUACUGUAUAUUUCUCAAGUUAAUAUUGUUUCAGUUCAGAUGUGAGUCACUCCCAUUUAUAAGGAUUUAAUAGACUUCAUGUGUUGUACAGGGUGGGCCAUUUAUAUGGAUACACCUUAAUAAAAUGGGAAUGGUUGGUGAUAUUAACUUCCUGUUUGUGG